CGGGAGCGGGCGGGCGGCGUAGCGGCGGCGGAGAGCCUGAGCCCCGAGCAUGGCAGGGGCUGAAGCCGCUGCGGAGGCUGCCCAUGGAUUCCCCGUUUCGCCUUCUUCGUCCGCCAACAAGGAACUUUCUGCAGCGGUCGGCGGCGGUGCCUUCCCGCAGUGGUGGUGGUGGUGGCAGCGGCGGCGGCAGCAGCAGCGGCGGCGGCUCCGCUCGGCGGUGCCUCCCGGGCCGGGGCUGGGGCUGCUCGGGCUGGUUUUCUCUCGCUUCUGCUGCAGUGCCUUAGCUGGACCAAUUGUUGAUCCACAUGUGACAGCAGUUUGGGGGAAGAAGGUUGCACUGAAAUGCAUUAUUGAUGUAAAUGAAACAAUAGCACAAGUUUCCUGGGAGAAGAUACAUGGUAAAAGUUCACAGACUAUUGCUGUUCAUCAUCCUCAAUAUGGAAUAUCUGUUCAAGGAGAAUACCAAGGAAGAGUGUCAUUUAAAAACUAUUCACUUACUGAUGCAACAAUCAUCUUAAAAAAUGUAAGCUUUUCUGAUGCAGGAGAAUAUAUCUGCAAGGCAGUUACAUUCCCACUUGGAAAUACCCAGUCAUCAACAACUGUAACAGUACUAGUUGAACCUGUUGUGAGCUUAACGAAAGGACCAAACCCUCUAAUAGAUGGUGCGAAUAGGACAGUAGCAGCCACUUGUACAGCAGCCACUGGAAAACCUGCUGCAGAGAUUGACUGGGAAGGAGGUCUUGGUGAAAUGGAAUCCAGCUCUACUUUGUUUCCAAAUGAAACAGUGACAGUUGUCAGUCAGUACAUGAUUGUCCCUACACGAUUUGCAAGAGGAAGACGUAUAACUUGUGUUGUGAGGCACCCUGCUUUGGAGAAGGAGAUAAGAUACCCACAGGUGUUGGACAUACAAUAUGCCCCAGAAGUUUCAGUAACUGGCUAUGAUGGAAACUGGUUCAUUGGAAGAGAGAAUGUUCAGCUCAGAUGUAAUGCUGAUGCAAAUCCAUUACCUAUGGAAUUUAUGUGGACCAGGUUGGAUGGACAAUGGCCUGAGGGAUUGUUAACUGUUAACAAUACUCUGCAGUUCAGCAGCCCAUUGACUUACAACUACACUGGGACUUACAUCUGUAAGGUGACUAAUGCCCUUGGUCAAAGAAGUGAUCAGAAGACAGUCUACAUAUUAGAUGUGCCAUUUAAGCAGACAUCUUCUGUUGCUGUAGCAGGGGCUGUGAUUGGAGCAGUCCUUGCUCUUUUUAUCAUUACCAUCUUUGUGACAGUGCUACUGACCCCAAGGAAAAAAAGACCAUCUUACCUUGACAAAGUGAUUGAUCUUCCACCCACUCACAAACCAUCCUCAAAUGAGGAAAGAGCAUUCUCUGUACCACAGAAAGAAGCCAUGCUUCAGAAAGAAAGUUUUGCUUUGCAAAGCCAGUGCAGAGAAAAGGAUACUGGAAACUUUCAGCACACGAACAUUGUGAAUGGAAGACAACUUACUUAUGAGGCUGAAGAGCCACAGGAAGAAGAAGAUGUUCAGCAUAUGUAUCCUGUUUAUCAGCAAACAUACUACAAAAACUGGAGCAGCAGAUACCCAGAUAACUCAGGACCUGGAAGAGUCUACAUCAAUCCAAGGGAGCAUUAUGUAUGAUUCUGUACCCAGAUGUCUUUAACUCUGAAGAUAUGAGGAGUUUAAUACCUGUUGACAGUAUGCCCAAUGUGUCUUGUAGGCAUUCAUCUCUGAAAUAAGUGGUUUUGGGUUUUUUUCCUGUGGGAACAAAUUGCAUGGAGAAUACUAUAUAGAUAAACACUAUGGAAUUUGAGACUUACCUUGCUUCUAGCCUUUGGUAUGUAUUUGUAGCUAUAUCAGCCUGCCAAAAGAGGAGAGGCAUUUAGCUUUAUUAACCUUUACAGUUAUAAGAUGUAUAAACUUGAUGAAUUGGUUGACAAAGCCCAAAAUGUAGUCAAGGUGUUUCCCUGGUUAUUUCUGGGAACAUUCUGUCUCUGAAUGGAUAUUUUACAAUAACCUCUGUAAAACAAUAUAAAAGUAAGUAAAUAUGAGCAAGACAGCUGAAUCCUUGGUGACAUAAUCACUUUCAGCUGAGUAGUUUUUCACAUCUUAGAGAACUUGGGAUAAUUGUCAUUUUGACUGGCAUUAGCUAUUGAUUUCUCAACUAGCUCUACCUCUCCCAGUCAAAUGAGCAACUAGACUACCUCUCAAAUACUUGGUUCCAUAACAUAAGUUGUGUGUCUUCCCACCUUGUUAAAAGUGAAGCAAUUUCCUUACAUCAGAAACUGUGUUGUUUUAUAUUGAUCCUGGCGGUUAUUUGAUGUUACUCGUUGGUUGUAGUUUCAAAGUAUCUGUUGUAUGAAAUUUAGCUGUAGGAAAUAGAUGACCAGACAGACGAAACUUCCUAAGAGAGUCUUAGGUAUAGCUGCAUCUUGCCUACAAAUUGCUCUUUAGCCAUUUUUCCCAUAUUAAAUCUUGAUUACUCCCAUAGUAACUUAAAGUGUUACUCCCUUAUGAAGUCUUGCAGACUUGGUAAUAAAUACACUUCACAUUUUUUUUUUUCUCUCAGUUGCAGUAAAACUGCUUGUGAUGUGUUCUUACAUCUUAGCAAGAAAAGGAAAACUUGAGUAGACUGUGAGUAGUUUUCAGCACUGUCCUUCAAUCUUAGCCAGUAGUGUGCGGUAACUGGAGUAUGUCCUGGUGUUACCAGUGCUAACAUUACCCCAUGUGAACUUUUGAGUAUGGGAUGGUGGUUGAAAAAUGUGCUUAGAAUCUUUCUAUAAAAACAAGGCUUUCCUUUGGAGCAAAAAGUAAAUGUUUAACAAAAAAAAUAGCCCAUAAUCUGAAGUGAGCUUACAGGACAAUCUGAAGAUAUUUUAAGACACCAGGAAAUAAGACACUGACGAAAAUUUGCUGGAGAAACUGAAAUGACUUGUGUGUUCUAUACACCCUAGUACAGAAUAAUGAUUUUCAGUCAUAAAAUGUUGAGAAGAAUGGCCAUGUCACACUCAACUAGCUUUUGUUGCAUUAUUAAACAUUACUUCUGUGAUAUUAGGGUUUUCUCUGAAGAUGCUGGAAUGUUCAGAGGGCAGAGUCAUACUUGUAGAAGCAAUAGAAUUGAAAGCCGGUAUAGUUAACUGUGCUGCAGGCAGGAUGCCAUUUUAACCUCUAUUUAACCUGCAUUCAUCUCCAUCAUAGUAAAAAUUAAUGAGAUAUUCCUCUCCACAACAGGGCCAGGUAAGUAUUUCUGGUUUGUUGAAGGUAGCAGCUGCAUCAUGACUUAGGUGCCCAUAUUCCUUUGUUAAGCAGCUUUACGUUACAUGAUGUGGAUGCUGUUAACAGCUGAAGGAAUGGCAAGGUAGAAGAUGGAAGAGAACCUGUUUCUCAUGAGCUUAAUUCAAAUCACUGUCUACUUGCUUUUUCUUAGGGACUGAGCACAUUGCUAUAAACUGAGCAACUGUUUUCGACUUUAAAGUCUCCUGCUGUUUUUGAGAUGUAAGGAGGGGAUUGUGUGCCCCAUAAUAUGUUUUCCAAUAAUGUCAUUUUAAGCAGCCACCUCUUUCCACAACCGUUGCCUUACCUAAUUCUUACAUGACUGCAGCUGCAAAAAAUCAUCUCCUGCCAGAAAAUGAGAAGAAAGUAAUGUCCUGGACAAAUGUUAAAGUGAAUGGAAUGACAGAACAUUGAGGUUAACUAUACUGUGUGAGGUAACUUUAUAGUAUCAGUAAGCAAAACUUCAUACAAAAUACAUCGGGAUAUAUAGAGUGGUUGUAAACUGUUAUUGUGAUAAUGCUUCCACUACAUUCAUUAGCACAAUGUGAUAUUGAGCAGAUGAUCAUUUCAGCUAUUAUGUUGGCAGAUGAUGUAAAACCCAGUUAUUUGGGGUUCAGACCCCUUCUACUGCUGUUAAUUCUUAUUUGCAAAUCAUAUUUGUUUGAAGAGUUGAACCUUUGGGGGAAGGAGGAAGGCAGAAAGCCAUCUACAAAGCUAUAAUUGCUUCUCCGAGUUAGUAAAGACAGUUCAAACCAGGAAAAUGGAGUCCAGCUGUGUUGCACAAGUUACAUAUCCAGCUACAUAUAGAGAGCUUGAAUUGAACUACCCAUCAGCCCUGAAGUCAGUAGGGAAAUAUAUUAUCAUGUUUAUUACCUGGGAGAUAUGGUUUGUUUGUAAUCUAUUCAGGGAUAUUUAGUGUGUUAGGGUGUUUUUGACAUGUUGCUUAUAGUCUUCAGUCUGACUGGGUUUUGGGGUAGGGGGGUUUGGCAUAGAAUGCUCUGAAGAGGACAUUAAAUGUCUGCUGAGUAGAAUUUCCCCCAGAAAAGGAUU